CGCAAUGGACAAGAGUUUAAUGCAAGUGAAAUAGGAAUUGAGGUAGGAGUUGAUCAAAAAACCAUACAAGCUUGGGUGGGUGUAUUGCAAAGCAGCUAUUUGAUUUACUUUUUAAAGCCCUUUCAUAGAAAUUUCAAUAAAACCAUCACCAAACGCCCUAAACUAUAUUUUUACGACGCUGGUUUAGUUUGUUAUUUAUUAGGAAUCACAAGGACCGAACAAUUAAUAAAUCAUCCACUACGAGGAGCCAUCUUUGAAAGUUUUAUCGUGUCCGAAUUGGUGAAGGAAAGAUUAAACAGAGGUUUGCCAAUUAACUUAUAUUACUGGAGAGAGAAAAAUAAAUACGAAAUAGAUGUGCUUAUUGAAAAUUUUGAUGCGAUUAUUGCCUUAGAAAUUAAAUCGGGUCAAACCAUACAGAGUGAUUAUUUCAAAAAUAUUCAGUACUGGCUUAAAUUGACAAAACAGAAAAAAGGAUUUGUGCUUUAUCAGGGCGAGCAAUCGCAAGUUCGAGAUAACGAUAAGCCUUAUAUAAGCUUGGAGAAUUCCGAUACCAGAAGAUUUGCUCAGGAAGAUCCCAGGAGUUUUUUAGCUCAAUUUUCCAAAGGAGCUAUUUUUGAUGAGGCGCAGCGCGUACCCGAA